GUCUUAUCACCAAACGGGGCUACGUCGUUAUCGUCUAACACCUGAUUGUGCGGCAAGAUUUGUGGAGCCGAAGUCCGAGGACGUCAUUAUUAAUUAUUACCACGGUUUAAGAUAUACAACCAUGUUUAUUACGUACUAGCAUCCAACACCUAGACUAUACAUAGAAUGGGUAUGCUAUGCCAUCAUUUUGCGACUAAUUUAUCAAUGAUAAAAUAAAGAGGGAAAAAUUCAAAUUCACAUAACAUUAUUAGUCGCAAAAUGGCGGCGUAGCAUACCUGUAUCCAUAGUGCCCUAACAUAAGUCAUAACCAGACUUAAAUGCUGAAAAUCAGUGCAACUACGUCUAUAGUACUCUAGUAGGCUAUACAGAUAUUUUGGUGCCAAAGGUAUUUUUCUACAGGUCUUCCGGUAGAGCCACCCAUACCACCACAUCACUACAACCACAACCACACCAUCACCGUCGUAGCCGCGUCUUGUUAGAGGUACGACUUAUAAGAAUUUAAGGCCACCAUCUUGCGAGUUGCAGCUAUUCCGCGUGUACAGACGCUUGUUACUCACAGUACCUACUUGUAAAACAAACAAUUUAAAGAGGACAUAUUGAAUAUGGAUCCGUUAAGAACCCCUAUUGAUGAUUGCGGGAUAAAUUCCAAAGUAUUGUCAAUCCCACUUAUUAGAUGCGAUGAACAAUUAGUAUUCAAUAAAAUGAUUAAAGAGGAAAAUAUUAAUUGUCAAGUCUUUAAAAGAAUUAUUAAAAAGGAAAUUAUUGAUGAUCAUGUAUUUAAUGAAAUUAAAGAGGAAAUUAUUGAUGAAACAGACCAUCGUAAUGAUAGUCAAUUAUUAAAAAAAAGUUCUAGUGUGGUGCCAUUUUCACUUAAUGUAAUAUGUGGUGGUCAAGAAUUUAAUGAAAAAAUUAAACAGGAAAACAUUGAUUGUCAAGUACUUAAUGGAAUUAUUAAAGGGAAAAUGAUUGAUGAUCAAGUACUUAAUGGAAGUAUUAAAGAGGGAAUUAUUAAUGAUCAAGUAUUUAAUACAAUUAUUAAAGAGGAAAUUAUAGAUGAAACUGACCAUCCUAAUAAUGGUCAAUUAUUACAAGAAAGAACUAAAACUGAAAAAGAAAACCCAAUUAAAACCGAAAUAAAAGCUGAAAUAGAUUUUAUUAACAGUUGUGAAUUUGAAGGAACAAUUUUUAACAAAAGCAACUCUUCAGAUUUCAUUACUUCAUCCAAUUUAACUAUACCUACAAGGACACAUACCGGAAAAAAGCUGCUUGAAUGUGAUUUCUGUGAUUUCAAGUUUUCUAAAUCAUCAACUUUAAUUGAGCAUACAAGGACUCACACCGGAGAAAAGCCGUAUAAGUGUCAUAUCUGUGAUGCAAAGUUUGUUAGAUCAACACAUUUAACAAGACAUAUAAAGAUACAUCCUGGAGAAAUGCCAUAUAAGUGUGAUGUAUGUGAUACUGGGUUUCAUCAAGCACAUCAUUUAAAAACUCAUAAAUGGACACACAUCGAAGGAAAGCCAUACAAAUGUAAUAUCUGUGAUGCAGGGUUUACCAAAUCAUCACAUUUAACUAGGCAUACAAGGACACAUACCGGUGAAAAGCCAUAUAUAUGUGAUACCUGUAAUGCAGGGUUUACUAGAGCAUCGCAUUUAACCGUGCAUAUUAGGACACAUACCAAAGAAAAGCCAUAUGAAUGUGAUAUCUGUUUUACAGGAUUUACUCAAGAAUACCAUUUAACAAGACAUACCCAAACACAUACCGGCGAAAAACCAUUCAAGUGUGAUGUAUGUGAUAAAUGGUUUUCUUCAAAAUGGUAUUUAAAAACGCAUUUAAGGACACACACCGGCGAAAAGCCGCAUAAAUGUGAUAUAUGUGAACAAGAAUUUUCUCAGCUAUCAAAUUUAAAAACCCAUAGAAAGAAAAGACACAUGCCGAAGAAAACCGUAUAAAUGUGUAUUAUCUGUAUUCUGUGGUAUAGCUUUUUCUAAGUCAUCAAAUUAAGAAAAACAUACGAGGAUACAUACCAAGAAAAGUCUUUAAGAAUGCAACAUAUUCAAGACUCAUACAAAUUAUAUUCUAACAAUACAAUUUAUUUUAUUAUUUAAAUAAUAUUAUAUUACAUAUAACAUUAGUACACAACAAAACCUAAAAUGUAUUCAUAUUUUUAUUGGUUUCAUUAAAUUUAGUCAUUUUAGACGUAUUAUUUAU